CCCUCACUCGUUGCUCCCCAGCAUCUGUAGCAGCUUGGCGGCACCGCGCGCUUUUAUUACUUCCACUUCCCACUUUCUCUCUUCUUCUGCCUCCUUCUGUCGUCCGUGUCCUGAUAGAUUGAGGAUUCAUUUUCUGCAAUCCUUAACCAUGAACGCCCCAUUUUUCUUCAUCUUUUCCUCCUGUUCGUUCUUUUUUCCCCUUUUGUCGGGAGGCUCCUGCUCUGAGGCAGAACACAGGUUGUUCUCAGUGAUAUUCUCCAGCUACAAUCAGUACAUCCGCCCAGUGGAGAAUGUGUCUGAACCAGUUAUCGUGCAGUUUGAGGUGUCCAUGUCCCAGCUGGUCAAAGUGGAUGAAGUUAACCAGAUUAUGGAGACAAACCUGUGGCUGAGACAUAUCUGGAAUGACUACAAACUGAGGUGGGAUCCCAAAAACUUUGGAGGAGUGGAGUUCAUUCGAGUGCCUUCUAGCAGGAUAUGGAAGCCAGAUAUCGUGCUGUACAAUAAUGCAGUGGGAGAUUUCCAGGUGGACGAUAAGACCAAGGCCCUGCUUCGCUACAAUGGGGAUGUGACCUGGAUCCCUCCGGCCAUCUUCAAGAGCUCCUGCAAGAUUGACGUUACCUACUUCCCCUUCGACUACCAGAACUGCACCAUGAAGUUUGGCUCUUGGACAUAUGACAAGGCCAAGAUAGACCUGGUUCUGAUUGGCUCCACCAUCAACCUCCAUGACUUCUGGGAGAGUGGCGAGUGGACGAUUAUCAACGCCCCGGGUUACAAACACGACAUCAAGUACAACUGCUGUGAGGAGAUCUACACAGACAUCACCUACUCCCUGUACAUCAGACGGCUGCCUCUCUUCUACACCAUCAACAUGAUCAUCCCCUGUCUGCUCAUCUCCUUUCUCACUGUGCUGGUCUUCUACCUGCCUUCUGACUGUGGGGAGAAGAUCACCCUCUGUAUCUCCGUCCUCCUCUCCCUCACUGUGUUCCUCCUGGUCAUCACCGAAACCAUACCGUCUACGUCUCUGGUCAUCCCCCUCAUCGGGGAGUAUCUCCUCUUCACCAUGAUAUUCGUCACCCUCUCCAUUGUCAUCACCGUGUUCGUGCUGAACGUGCACUACCGCACGCCCAAGACCCACACCAUGCCGUGCUGGGUGCGCAGUGUCUUCCUGGGGCUUCUACCCAGGGUCAUGUUCAUGACCCGGCCGGAGAGGGACCCUGAGAGGCUGCCUGGGGGGGUGGUUCAGCAGCUGAUACCCCCAGCCUCGCGGCCCUGUGUGGUCUACACCACAGGAACCAAGCAGGGGCAGCAGAAGCCCCAGGCCCUGGUCUCCACCGUGGCUGCCAGUGUGCUCCCAAGCCUGGCCCAGCGACAGCGCCUCUUCAUCAGCACGGAGCUCACCAACCUCAAUAACCUUAGCCUUGGUGGGGGUGGUGGUGGUGACUCGGUUAAUGCAGGCUCCAGCUUCCUGUGUCGUGAGGGCCGCUGCAACUGCUGCUGGCGCCAGAGGUCCACCAAGCUGCCCACUGAGACGGGAGGAGGGGGUGGAGGGGUGGGUAGCAUCGGGACCCACAGUGGAGGAGGGUCUGCUGGGAUUGGGGGGGUUUGUGGAGGCGGUGGAAGCUCCUGCUCCAGCUCAGAGUCUCUGGAUGGCAGGCUGAGGACUCUGUCCCCUCACUUCUCACCGGAGGUCAGGGAGGCCAUGGAAAGUGUCAAGUAUAUCGCCGAAAACAUGAGACUACAGAACGAAGCCAAGGAGGUCCAGGAUGACUGGAAGUACGUUGCCAUGGUGAUCGACAGGAUAUUCCUGUGGGUGUUCAUCUUGGUGUGUAUCCUGGGGACCGCUGGGCUCUUUAUCCAGCCCCUCCUAUUGUUCAAUAUGUGACCCACUCAUACACACAGCAAUUACACAGUGACUGAGUGUUUUAUAUCAUACAUGCACAGUCAUUUUGUGUAUCACCCAGUGAUGCGGACCAAAGAAGCUGAGACGAACCAAUACUGUGGACGGAAGGGAACCAGAUUAUGGAGGAAGGCAAGCUGCUGCCAGCUGUUCCAUGUCACUUCUCAGUAUGUAGAUACGUUUCUUAUUGCUAAAGUGUGGUGUAGUAGUGAUCACUUAGCUCCUGAGGACCAGACUCUGAAACCAUGGCAACGUAUAACUCCCGUACUGCUGCCUACCCAUUCCCUUUUUGUUUGCUUUGUGUAAAUGACUUCAUCAUAGUGUCACUUGAUUAUGACUGGCACAAAGAACCACACUAUCAUCAACAAAAAGACCGUGGCUAAAGGAACAUCUAUUGGACCAAAGGAUCCCAAACAAUGACUGCUUAAAGGGGGCUUUCCAAAAGUACAUAACAAGUAUCUCAAGUCAAUUUCACAGCUUAUUGAAGUCAUAUCAUGUUUUCAAAUGUUGAAUAUCACCGAGUCAUUUUGAUAUUAUUUAUUUGUGAAAUAUGAAUGUAUUUCUAAAAACACAUGCUGUAUGUUCUUAUUUACUACAACUAUACAGCACCAUUUCAAUCUGAUUCUAAUGCUCAUUAAGGUUUCAAUGAACCACAGUGUCAUAUAAUAUACAGAUAAGCUAUUCAUAGAAAUCACAAACUGUUGAACAUUAAAAGGCUAUGAUGCAGAAUGGGUAACGUUAUUACACCAUAUGGGUGAAUGUGGAAAAACUAUGAAAGCAACCUGAAAUUAUUUUCAUUGUGCUGUGAGGGGUGACACCAUGUGGUUAUUAUCUGCUACUACAAGUGGUCCAGUGGUCACUUACCAUAUGUUUGCAAUCAAAGACACAAGAUUUUGUAUCUUCAUUUUCAGUUUUUUUAUUUGGUCUGGAGAAGCACACACAACUUUGAAAACAGCUCUCCAAAGGCUCUUUCAACAGAAACAUCUGUCUGCCAUGAUCCAUGGUCAUAGGAUGAAGUGACUUCUGCAGUGGGCUGAACACAUGCUAACCUACCUGUAAACUCAUUGCAUUCCCAAAUCGAUAUUUCUCUCCCUUAUGAAAAUUGAGUUUGGAGGUCCAGCUGGCAGGCAGGAUGUAGAUGUGAUUAUCAGUAGCAACAAGGCCAUGUAGAGGUUGGGUAUAACCCUGUUACAUCCUCCCUACCUCUCUGCCUCCUAGCCUGGCCUCCCAUCCCUGCCUCUCUAGCUCCCUGCCUGCCUCCCCUCUCUGCCCUGGGCCCCCUUCUGCUUUAUUGGACCACAAUCAAUAUGGAGACCUGGUGAUGAAGUACAUCAUUAGUCUGGGGCCUGGGCUACGGUCUUCAUCUCACCAUCCUACCGCUAUGCCAAAGAGCACUUCUCCUGCUUUAACUUAACACUACUUAUACUCUCUGUUAAUAAGGAGGAUGUGGUUGAGAUCUCAUUAUGUUGUACCAUCAUUCAAAAAACAGUUGGGUGUACAAGAGGAGGAAAUGCACAAUUAUGAGUUAUAGAUAUCUAUGGCCUGUGGUAUCUAUGAUACAGAGCGAUACAUUUUAAAGAGGAUUUUUGGGGAGCAUUUCAAUCCCACAUUUGGGCAGACGAGGAAUCUCUGGAUGUUGUUUCUGUGGCUGUAUGUUGUAGUCAGUAAACUGUAAUCAGGUUGUCACUGAAUCAUAACUGGAUGUUAGCCAGGAAGCACAGUCACAUACUGUAGUACCCCUUCUGAUAACAUCUCCCCAUCUGAUUGAUUGAAUUAAAGCUCACUCAGGGCUCAUUUCAGUGAACUAGUUAUCUGAGGGGGAGAUCUGUAACAGACACAGUACUAAUGACUAAAGGUUGUGUGUGGGGCUGAGGGGAUGAGUGCAUUUAUAGAACAGCGAUGGUUCCAUGACCACACUUGUGUGAUGAGCAUCCUUGUCUGAGACCUGAAGAGUUGCAUUGCAUGCAGGUAUACAUGCAUGCGUUCUGUCCCUGUCGGUCACACUUAAGAAUUGUCCCAGUGUUUUUUUUUUGUCAGUAUGAUAUCAUUUAGCAUAUUUUCAUUUGAGAGGAAAGCAAGUUGAGAUCAUUGAUUCCGUGCACCUGUUGUUCUUUUGAGUUACACACAGUCAAUGUUAAAUAAUACAUAUCAUCCUCCAGGUCUGUGGUGCCAACAUAUCCUGUAGCUGCGACAGUCCUACAAAUACAGGAAAUUACGUCAUUCGUAUUCACUGUUCUUAGUUAACAUGUCUCAACUAAAAGAAUCCCUGUCUAGUUUCAGGUCCACAAAGACACAAGGUAGAAAGAAGUGUUUCAACAAGGCUUGAACACAAUGAUCAUGUUCAUCCUCAUCCUGUGUGCCUUGUCAAGAGAGGUCAUGGUCCAAACCACAGGCAGGUCAAAGUCCAUUACUUAUUGAAGAUGAUUGAAUUCUCUUUUAGAUAAUUACAAUAUGAUACUCCACACAUAAACGGUUUACAUGUUGCAGAUAUUUUAUGAGCCAAAUACUUUUUAUUUUCUGAAAUAUUAGCCAAGAAGAUUUUUCCAGCAAAGAUCUAUUGGACUUCUACAGGAACGAUAGUGGAGGGAAGUGACCUUGUGGUAAAAUGUAGUACACAUGGGCGCAAGGAAGACAAAGUGGCAUAUGUUUACUUGUGCAUUAACGGUGUUGCAGUGGAACAGAAGAAAACUAUACAAGAAGACACAUCUUUCACCAUGAAAAGUGUUACUGGCCAACAGAGUGGCAAUUACAGCUGUGUGUUCUCUAAAACCCAAUAUCCACUCUCUGAAGUGCAGGGAAAAGGAGAUAAUUCCCUUUCCAUCCGGGUGAUGGGUAAGGAUCUUUUUACUGUCUGGAUAUGUUAUUGCUCUUAGACAUUAUUUGACACACAUUGAGUGGACAGAACAUUAGGAGUUGCACAACCUUUUGCCCUCAGAACAUCCUAAAUUCUUCGGGGCAUGGACUCUACAAGGUUUCGAAAGCGUUCCACAGGGAUGCUGGUCCAUGUUGACUCCAAUGCUUCCCACAGUUGUGUCAAGUUGGCUGGAUGUUCUUUGGAUGGUGGACCAUUCUUGAUACACAAACUGUUGAGUGUGAAAAACCCCAGCAGUGUUGCAGUUCUUGGCACACUCAGACCGGUGUGCCUGGCACUUACAACCAUACCCCUUUCAAAGGCACUUACAUAUUUUGUCUUGCCUAUUCACCCUCUGAAUGGCACACAUACACAAUCCAUGUCUGAAUUGUCUCAAGGCUUAAAAAUCCUUAUUUAACUGGUCUUCUCCCCUUCAUCUACACUGAUUGAAGUGGAUUUAACAAGUGACAUCAAUAAGGGAUCUUAGCUUUCACCUGGAUUCACCUGGUCAGUCUAUGUCAUGGAAAGAGCAGGUGUCCUUAAUGUUUUGUACACUCAGUGUAUAUGGAUAUACUAUCCUUUUCAAUGUUUUUGAUACAUGUAUAUUUCAAUGUGACUGCAAUAUUUUAUACCUUACAUGAUUCCUGUCUCUUCCUGCUGAUACAGACCGUAUACUCCCUGCAGACAUAUCACUUGCAGGCUCAAGAACUGUGAGAAAGGGAGAUGGUGUGGAGUUUAAGUGUACAAUCUCAGACCCAAGUUUUCAAACAAAAAAUACCAGUGACUUAGUUCACGCUUACCUCUGCAAGCAUGGCUCUGUUGUUCAGAUCCAGGUGUUUGACGUAAAGAGCACGGAGGUAACUUUUACGAUUAAAAGUUUUAAUAAGAAUGACGCAGGUAACUACAGUUGUGUGAUUGAUCUGCAAUCAAAAACCCUCAAAGAUAAAGACAGAACAUUAUAUGGAAAUAAUGCAGUAUUUCUACAGGUUAAUGGUAAGAAUGUAUGGCGUUUCUCUAAAUACUUCUAUAUUUAAAUAAUAUCGUCACUUCAUACGUAACUAAUUUUGUUAUUAAACAAUCAUUGUUGAUGGUUCAUGGUUGCAGUACGUUGUUACUAUAGAAGUGAGAUGUUUAACAGCAUACCUGUUUUGCUUUCCAGUGUCCUGGAGUCACUUAAUCCCACUCGUGUCCUGCGUCUGUUUUCUUCUGGUCUUAUCACUGAUAGUGGGCAUAUGGUGGCUGUUCAUUAAACAAGGUCAGGCCAUUUAACAUGGACAUUACUCUGGAUAUACAGGUCUAAUUCAUUUAGAAUAACGUUUAUCAAACUAAUACAUUCCGUAUCUGGAUUGAAUGCACUACCCGGAGGCAUUCUAAUAUCAUUGUUAUGAUAGAAUUUAACCAAUAAUCUUACAUUUCUUUUUUGACAGGAGCUUUACAAUGUUAUUGUGGAAGAACACCACAACAGGAGGAGAACGAUGCGCCAAUGACAGGGGAGGGUGACGGUAUGUUUUUUAAGCUUUCCGAUAAAACUAUUGUUCUAUUAAUUAACAUUUAUUUCACGUUCUGGGAUAUUUCUUUGUCUUAGACGGAACUUCAAACAUGGAGGAAGAAUCCAGUGAUGAAUUUGCCUGUGACAGCGAGGCCAGUGGGGAGGAGUACCAGAAUCUGGGUGAGAAAUGUUUAGGUAAUAUGAUGCUGCACAAACAUGUACUGCUUAUGAUGUAAAUUAAAAACGGGUAUGUUUUUUCAUUCUUACAUUUGCAAUACUGGGUAAAAAAAAAGGAUAUUUAAAUAAGAAAAUAAGAUAUUUAAUCUUCUAAUCUCCCAAACAAAUGAUUUAAUGUACCAACAUGUGGGUGAGAAAUGCUUAGAUAAUGGUCAUGACUGAAAUAUUAUACCACGCCCUGAGUGAAAAUAAUUAAUUGUUUUAACGGUUUUAACAUCUUCUAAUCAGGUGUUGAGAUUGAGACAUACCAUGAGCUGGGUGAGAAAUGCUUAGAUAUUAUGAAGCUUCAUAGAAAUUCAAUGAUUAUAUUGUGACAUUUACAGUACUGGGUGAAUGGUGAUCUAACAGAUUUCAGGGCCUUGGGUGAUUGUUUUUGCUAAAUAACUUGUUUUAAUGAUAUAUAUUUAACUUCCAUCUUCAUAUCUCCAAAACAGAGGAUACCACCUACCAAGAAAUUCUGGUUGAAACACGGAAAAUUAAACACGUUAUGGUGCGUGUUCAAGAUGCAGCAAAUCAAGGCCCAGAUGCAGAAGAUAUGUAUGCCAAGUCAUGCAAGAAGACCGGACGUCAUCAAUACAUGCCUUAAUAAUUAUUAGAUCUGCAUUAUUUCAAAGCAGUACUGCAUGUGUACUUCAUGGUUACAGUAUCUAUAAUGAUGUAUUUUAUGUAUUGUGUAUUCAAUGUGUGUCUUCCGUUGGACUACUCCCUGCAUGUUCAAGUUGACGAUGAUGCCAAAUUGUCUGGUGACCUGACAUUUGCGAUGCAUUCUAUUAAAUCUUCCGUGGAAGAUAUUUAAAAAACGGAGUCAUUUUAAAGUACCACAUUAAGUAUUAUUGCUGGAUAUACUGUUGUAUUCUCCCACUUAUAAAAUAUGUUUUAAUGUUCUCGAA